AUGGUAAGUCAGAGAGCAUCUUUUCAUCAUUUCAGUCAGUGAUCAUUUUUAAAAAAAGUAGUCAAAAAAUUCCAUGGUUGGAUUUAGUUGUUUGUGUCUUAUAAUACAUUUUAUCAGUGUGAAAAGUUGAAUGUUGUAUUUGUAUGUGGUGCAGGAAUCAUGAGGCUGUAGUAAAAGUCUUCAUCUGUGGGUAAACUAUUGAAGUUUGUGAUUCUUCAUCCUCUCAGGCGAGUAAGAAAGCCUCCAAUAAGAGACAAAGGGGAGCUCAGAAGUCCUGCUCCAAUGUCUUCUCCAUGUUUGAGCAGUCACAGAUACAGGAGUUCAAGGAGGUAGAUGGCUGAACCUUUUCACAUUUGUUAUUUAAAAAGAAAAAUAAUUGUACUAAAAAUGCACCAACCUCCAAUCUGCCUCCAAACCUUUGUCAUGUUUUCGUCUUUUCCUUUUAGGCUUUUGGCUGCAUCGACCAAGACAGAGAUGGUGUUAUCAAGAAACAGGACCUGAGGGAGACCUAUGGACAACUCGGUAAGUUACAUUUAAUGGUGUGAAUUUUUGAUUCUUCUGAGUUAUCCAUGAUAAAAUUGUUAUUGGGAACUUCCUUUUGUUCUGACAGUCCUGGAUGAUUCUUGACUGUGCAUGUGUCUGUCUGUCUUUGUCUGUACCAGGGAAGCUUAAUGUCAAAGAUGAGGAGCUGGACGAGAUGUUGAAUGAGGGAAAAGGUCCCAUCAACUUCACCGUGUUCUUGACUUUAUUUGGAGAGAAACUCAAUGGUGAGAGUUUUUCUCAGACCUUCAUUCAAAGGUUUUAAUUAUUGAAGUCCAACAGUGUUUCUUGUCACGCAGGUACCGACCCAGAGGACACCAUCCUUGCUGCUUUCAAACUUUUUGACCCCAAUGGGACAGGCUUUGUGAAUAAGGAUGAGUAAGAUCAACUUUAUGAUUUUGUGUUAUUCAAAAUGUAACAUUAAAAUGUUGUAUCUUCCCUUCUUUUAAAUUUUGUGUCUGCCCUCUUUGUCCAGGUUUAAGCGAUUACUCAUGAACCAGGCUGAUAAAUUCACAGCAGAGGAGGUUAGUGUUCCCUAUUUCUAAAAUGACAGACUCUCAUUUUCACUAAAACAGACAUCCUCACUGCUCACUUCUCCUUCACAAACCUCUGCAGGUGGAUCAGGCUUUUGCUCUGGCUCCCAUCGACCCUACAGGCAACAUUGACUACAAGUCCCUCUGUUAUAUCAUCACGCACGGAGACGAGAAGGAGGAAUCUUAA